UCUGGGCGUGGCCCUCCCGGCUCCCUCCCUCCCUCCUUUCAGCACCGCUGCCGAGGAAGAGCGCCUGAGUGAGGAAGAGGAGGAGCGGGGCGGAGGAGCCUUGAGGGGAAGGAAGGGCCGGCCUCAGAGCAGCAGCAGCAGCAGGAGGGCAGGGGAGGCCAGUCUCUCGCUCUCUCUCUGGCCGCUGCCGCCGGGCGAAGAUGGCGGCGCCGGGCCGGGCUCUGGGCUCCGGGCGGCAGCUGGCCCCUUCGUCGUCCUCCUCCUCCUCCUCGUCGUGCUCCUCCUCGGGGCUCCCCGGCGGGGCCCUCCCGGCGGCGGCGGCGCCCUCCUCCUCCUCGUCGUCGUCCUGCUUCCCGCUGGAGCUGGACUUCCGCUCGGGCGCCCGCCUGGAGGAGCUGGGCCGCCUGAUCGCCGAGUUCGGGCGCCACGAGCAGCGAGACUACGACGACCAGCGCGCCCUCGAGAUCCACACCGCCAAGGACUUCGUCUUCUCCAUGCUGGGCAUGGUACAGAAACUCGACCAAAAACUUCCGGUGGCUAACGAGUACCUGCUACUUUCAGGAGGUGUCCGGGAAGGGGUGGUGGACCUGGACCUGGAUGAGCUGAACAUCUACGCCCGUGGCACUGACUAUGAUAUGGACUUCACCCUCCUGGUGCCAGCCCUGAAGCUCCAUGACCGGAACCAGCCGGUCACCCUGGACAUGCGCCACUCAGCCCUCUGCCACUCAUGGCUGAGUUUGCGGCUCUUUGAUGAGGGGACCAUCAGCAAGUGGAAGGAUUGCUGCACCAUCGUGGACCACAUCAAUGGGGCUACCAACUACUUCUUCUCCCCCACCAAAGUGGCUGAGUGGUUCUAUGACUCGAUCAGCAUCGUCCUGUCUGAGAUCCAGAAGAAGCCCCAGAGGGGCAUGCCCAAAGUGGAGAAGGUGGAGAAGAAUGGGACCAUCAUCUCCAUCAUUCUGGGUGUGGGUAGCAGUCGCAUGCUCUAUGAUGUCGUCCCUGUUGUCUCAUUCAAAGGCUGGCCGGCUGUGGCCCAGAGCUGGCUGAUGGAGAACCACUUCUGGGAUGGGAAGAUCACUGAGGAAGAGGUAAUCAGCGGCUUUUACUUAGUGCCGGCCUGUUCCUACAAGGGCCGGAAGGACAAUGAAUGGCGGCUGUCCUUCGCCCGGAGCGAAGUCCAGCUGAAGAAGUGCAUCUCCCCUAGCCUCAUGCAAGCCUACCAGGCUUGCAAAGCCAUCAUCAUCAAGCUUCUCUCCCGCCCCAAGGCCAUCAGCCCCUACCACCUGCGCAGCAUGAUGCUCUGGGCCUGUGACCGGCUCCCAGCGAACUACCUGGCCCAGGAAGACUACGCGGCCCAUUUCCUCCUGGGUCUGAUUGAUGACCUCCAGCACUGUCUGGUGAACAAGAUGUGCCCCAACUACUUCAUUCCCCAGUGCAACAUGUUGGAGCAUCUCUCUGAGGAGACAGUCAUGCUCCAUGCCAGGAAGCUCUCCUCCGUACGCUCGGACCCAGCUGAGCACCUCCAGACAGCCAUCGAGCACGUCAAGGCGGCCAACCGGCUCACACUAGAACUCCAGCGGAGAGGCAGCGCCAGCAGUAUCCCGUCCCCACAGUCGGACGGUGGGGACAGCAGUCAGCCUGAUGACCGGUUGGCCAAAAAGCUUCAGCAGCUGGUGACUGAGAACCCAGGGAAGUCCAUCUCCGUCUUUAUUAAUCCUGACGACGUUACCCGGCCUCACUUUAGAAUCGACGACAAAUUCUUCUGAGGGUUGCCCCCACCUCAGCCCCUCCACACAUCCCCCCCCCCCACUUUUAGACUUGAGCAAAGAUUUUUUUUUUUUCUGGCAUUUCCUCUCUUUUUUCCUUCUCCCUCUCUUGCUAUUUCUUCUUUUACAUAUCCAGUUUAGAAUGGAUUUGCUGAGAGCAACACAGAACCAGCAAGAAGGUUCUCCAGGAGAGUGCAGGAUUAGACCCUUUUACUCUCUGUUGCCCUCACCCCUGUUUGUGUGUAUUUGUGUGUUUGUAUGUAUGGUUUAAAUCAGGUGGGAAAAUGUCAGGGGGGUGACUCUCCCCCACACAGAGCUGAAAGUGCUGCCCUCACGGUCCAGAUUUAGGUUAAAUUUGCCCCCAGUGCCUUCCAACAUCCCCCUAGGAGCCACAGUGGGCAACUUCACCACUUUUUCAGCAAGGGAGAUCCUUUUUAUAUAUAAACAAGAAUUGUCCCAAAAGACAAUUUAAGUCUUUUCCUGCAUACAGAAAAAAAACUGCAAGGCCUAGACCUGCCUAGAAUGCACAGAUGUGGUUAAACUAGAGAUACCUCUACCCUGUAGAAAUAAUGCAGUUUGACACUGUUUUAACAGCCAUGGUUCCAUCCUUCAGAAUCCUAGGCAGGUUUGCAGUUUAUUGAGGCACCAGUCCACUUUGGCAGAGAAAGCUAAGGACCUUAGAAAACAACAGAUCCCAGGAUUCCACAAGAUGGAGCUACAGCACUUAAAGUAGUGUCAAACUACAUUAUUUAUACAGUGUAGAUGCAGUCUAGGGACUAUUUGUGGGCAAAAAGCCCCUCUCUCUUUUUUUUUAAAUCUGGGGAGAUUUUUGGCAGGUCCAAAAUAGCCUUGGAGGACCAUACUGUCUCCAUCCCUGUUCUAAGAGAAACUUGAACCAAAAACCACACAUAUAAACACACACACCUUUCCUGGCCUCCUUGUUUGUAAACUUCCUUUCUGUGGUCAGAAGGUUCUGCUCUCCUUCCAUCAUCUCUUCUGCUCCUGGUUUUGUUGGGCCACCCCCCCAAAAAAAUUCUGUUUGCUCAAGGACAGCUAGUGUGAGAGAUUCUGGCCAGGAAGGCUUGACCCUUCGCUCGAGAUCCCUCUCUACUGACCACUCCACCUUUUUGACCCAGAAGGAUCAAAUUGACUUUUUAAGCUUAGGGAUACAAGAGACAUUUUUCAAGUUUCUUCUCAAAACCUCCCUUCUCCGCUCCUUGCCCCGAAUCACCUCUUUUUGGUCACCUCUUCUUGAAUGUAAUUGUUCAGAAUAAGACUUCAUCCAGUGCAAAGAACUCUGUUUCGGCUCAUCUUCCUUGAGGAAUAAGGUUCUGGAAUGUUAGUUUUUAGUGGGUGUAAUUAUUCAAAGCCUUAUUUAAAUGCUAUUAAAGAACAUACCAUCGUAAAUA